GUAAUUAGCUACAAUUAGGUAACUAACUAAUUAUAUGCUUUAAUUUCAAGUCAUCUAAGUAAGAUUGUUUCAUAUUUGUUUCAGAAUGCUUCAAUCUAUAAUAACUGCACAUUUCUUUCAUUUCUCUUAAUUUUUAAGAACGUUAUAGGCUUUUGACUGUCCUCGAUCACAGCUUUUGUGUUCAGUCAAUGGAAAAGCAAUAGGGAACAAGAUGCUAAUUUCCGAGUAUGAAAAUGGCCAUAACUUUUUAAUACUGAAGAUAUGAAAGUGAAUUAGGUGUCAAAUUAAACUUCUUUUUAUGCUUUAUCUGAUGGGAUAAAUUACAGACUUGAUUUUUAAAAUCUCAAAAUGUUGUAACAUUGCUACCAGUUGAUAGACACAAAAUGCUGGAGUACCUCAGCGGGUCAGGCAGCAUCUCUGGUGAGAAGGAAUGGGUGAAGUUUCGGGACGGAACCCUCCUUCAAACGGCUCUCUGCUUGACCCGCCGAAUUACUCCAGCAUUUUGCGUCCUCCAUCAAAAGCUCUAUUACUGUGCUGCCUAACUCAUUUACCAUACCUUACAACCAUUUACCUGAAGGAGCAUGAUCAAGUAGACAAUCAUGGAGAAAUUAAUAAUUGCAUCUCAACCGCCCGAGGCCCGAACAUCCCGGUCCAAUGUGGUAAUGGGACUGGCGCCGUUGGUUUACCAAUUGGAGCCCCACCAGACUCUGUGAUCUGGACAGCGCGCAGCGGUGUGAAGCCCCGCUCUAUAUAAAUGUGAGCAGUGAAUGCGCUCAGUACAGCUGAUCCGCAGCAGCAUCGGGUCGCAGGAAGAAGAGCGCAGCCGACUCACCCGGACUAACCGACCGACCAUGCAGUGGGGCAUCUUCACCAUUCAUCGGCGGCUCCUUGCUGCUGUCUCUACCCGUCUCUAACGAGGCAUCGAAAGGCAAGAGUGAGGGUACAUACGUGUGCUUACUACCAAUGGAUACUGGGCCCUGCAAAGCCUUGCUUCGCCGCUACUUCUUCAAUCGUUUAACUCAGAAGUGUCAAAUGUUCCAUUACAGUGGCUGCAAAGGGAAUGAAAAUAAUUUUCUAUCACAGAAAGAAUGCCGAUCACGUUGUGGAAGAUUUAUUCGCAUCGACAUUUGGAUUUCCUCAGACAAGAGUGGAAUCUGCUCUAAGCCAAUGGAAGUGGGUCCCUGUAAAGCCAGGGACAUUCGCUAUUACUACAAUAUUACAGCUCAGAUGUGUGAACAAUUUGUUUAUGGUGGAUGCAAGGGGAAUGAAAAUAACUUUUUAUCAAAGGCUAACUGCACAAAGCAAUGUGGCAGAACUAUGAGUAAGUUUCAACUAAAGUAUUUAGUGUUCCUAUUUAGUCUUGCAUUUGGAUACAAAGAAACUGUGACAAAUGUGAAGUUCCCUUAUUAUGAAUACUACAAUCUGUUGGCACCUUUACUGGAAGGUAAUAGGUUGGAUUUCAAUUAUUUCUUGUUUCCAGGCAUUUCCUCAGACAAGAGUGGCAUCUGCUCUAUGCCAAUGGAAGUGGGUCCCUGUAAAGCCAGGGACAUUCGCUAUUACUACAAUAUUACAGCUCAGAUGUGUGAACAAUUUGUUUAUGGUGGAUGCAAGGGGAAUGAAAAUAACUUUUUAUCAAAGGCUGACUGCACAAAGCAAUGUGGCAGAACUAUGACUGCAGAAAUUUCCAACAAAUGUAGGCUGCCACAAGAACCAGGAAUAUGCCGUGCUUACCUUCGAAGGUAUUUCUACAACUUCAAGACAGGAAUGUGUGAGCGGUUUGUGUAUGGGGGAUGCGAGGGCAAUGCUAACAACUUCAAUGACCUAUAUUCCUGCCAGCUGGAGUGCAAUCCAAGUUCAUUGGUUCCCUCAUUCUGCACGAAACCCAAAGAUAGAGGAGCCUGUAAGGCUAAUAUCCCACGACUUUACUUCAACCCAGAUGCAUAUCGUUGUGAGAAAUUCAGCUACACGGGUUGUGGUGGAAAUGACAACAACUUUUCUACUCUUAAAGCUUGCCAAAGGAUUUGCCGACCACGAGCCAGAAAACAACUGAAAAAGAAACCUAUUACUGCACUCAAAUAUUAUAAACAACACUGAAGAAGAUAACAGUCUAUAAAAAUCUGAAGAUGCUGAAUUAGAUUUCCAUUACCCUUAUCAUUAUUCUAGCUCAGCGGUUUGCUAUAUAUUUUGUAAACAUUUAAUGGAAGUUAAAAUACCUUGCCUUCAAAGUUUCUAAACAUGAAAAUAAGGAUUUCAAGCCAUGUUAAAUCUCCCUGAAUAUUCCUAAAGUAGAGAUUCCUCCAGAUUAUUAUUUUGAUACAUUUAUAUAGGUAUGUUACAAAACGUACCUUCAGCGGCGCUGCAGUUCUGUCACUGCCCGUGUGCGCGACUUUGGCGCCUUUGAGAGGGGGGCUGGAUUAAUAUGCCGUUUUUUCCCAGCCUGUUCAAAUCAAUUUUUGUCAUGCUGUUGAAGAAUAAUCGCUCCGACAUCGGUUUUAUUAAGUUUUUUAUAAAACUGCACUGGAUAUUUUAAUAGCAGGAGUAAUUUAAAAAUCAACUUCUAAAGCCUUUAACACCGACAACGGGGACGGAUUUCACAUACGGGCCAGGUAAAGGAAAGCCGUUUAUUUUACAUAUAAACGUGCUUCUUAGGAUGCCUUUAAUCAAAAUUUUACAUUGCGAAAAGGUGGCUUAGGACCCAUAUGAACCGGCAGUAUUUUUCCUGCCGAUAUGGGGUUUAAAUUCACCGCAACUGCAACGUUCCAAACGAUCGCGUUCCACAAAAUCCCACUCGCAAGAUGAUUAAAAUGGCCAUUAAUUUACGGGAAUUAAACACUAAAUUCAUUCCAUUUGUCCUAUAAAUUCAUGACAAUGAGAUUUAAAAAUCAUGUUAUAUUGUGAAUUCUUGUAUGAAUGAUAUUUGGACACUUAGGUUAUUUAAAAAUGUUAACCUUUCUUAAGAAAUUGAUUGAUGUUUAGAUCUAGUAAUUGAAUUUUGUAAUUAGCUACAAUUAGGUAACUAACUAAUUAUAUGCUUUAAUUUCAGGUCUUCCAAGUAAGAUUGUUUCAUAUUUUUUUCAGAAUGCUUCAAUCUAUAAUAACUAAAAAUUUCAUUCAGUUCUCUUAAUUUUUAAGAAAGUUAUAGGCUUUUGACUGUCCUUGAUCACAUGAGUUAAGUCAAAGGAAAAGCAAUAGGGAACAAGAUGCUAAUUUCCGAGUGUGAAAAUGGCCAUAACUUUUUUAAUACUGAAGAUAUGAAAGUGAAUUAGGUGUCAAAUUAAACUUCUUUAUAUGCUUUAUCUGAUGGGAUAAAUUGCAGACUUAAUUUUUUUUAUCUCAAAAUUUUGUAACAUUGUUAAUAUAUACAAAUGUCAUUAAUUAUGGUUAUAGAAUAUUUCUGAAAUAUUAUAUAUCCAUAUAAUAGUAUACAAAAGCAUAUGAAUCAUUUACCUGUAGAAAUGUUUAAUGGGCCAAAUUGUGGCUGUGGGGGGAGGAGAAUCAAUGAAAUUCAAAAUUAAAUGGAGAAUGGAUAAAGUAGAUCAUUUGCUCAUUUUUGGAGCAAAAUGUGCGCACCUUUUUCCUCAGAUGAUCACUCGUUAGCAUAAGCAUUCCCUCAGAACCUUUUUGUAUUGUCCUUGCUGUUCAUUUCAGUAACUUCCUAAUGUUUAUAGCAAUGAGAACCACCUGUUUUCUUUAUUUCCCUCAUAAUUGUGCCUUACAUCAAAAAGCACUGACAAGAUAUGCAUGCAAUGUAAUUGUGGUUAAAUGUUGCUUAUCUUCUCUGUUCUAUUUCUUAAAGUGAGGUGGCACAGCAGGGCAGAGAAGUGAACACCAACAGGAGCAGAGUUAUAAAAAGGGGAAAUAAGCUCUAUUCCAAAAAGAAAAGCUUGGUAAUUCAUUGAGACUUUUGGAAUGCAAUGUUGCACUGUGGCUUUUAGUGAUUGGGUUCAGUCGAAAUCCUUUGAAUAAUUUUGUUAUGCCCUUUGUUUAAUUAGGUGCACACUGAAUACAUUAAUCUGAGUGGCACAGACAGUCAGAACCUGGCAUAGAUAGGGUAGAUAGUCAGAACAUUUUUCUCGGGAUGGAAAAAUAUGAUACUAGAGAGCAUGGCUUUAAGGUGAGAGGGGCCACGUUUAAGGGAGAUGUGCGGGGCAACUUUUUUUUUACACAGAGGGUGGUGAGUGCCUGGAACAUACUACUGGGGGUAAAGGUUGAGGCAGAUACGAUAGUGGCAUUUAAGACAUUUUUGUUAAUGGAUAAGGAUUUUGUGCAGGCAGAUGAGAGGUGAUCUUGGCAUUAUGUCUUAAACACAAACAUUGUGGACCAAAGGGCCAGUUUUUGUGCUGUACUAUUCUGUUCUAUAUUAAAUAUAAUGAAUUUAGGAUAUGUAAAACGUGUUGCAUUAAUACCAAAUAAUUUUUCUUGGUGGAAUUCUGUAUUUCAUUCUCCCCCAUGAAGUCAAUGUGCUUGCUUUAUAAAUAUUGUAUUAAACACAUAAUAAAAUGUGAUCAUGAAAUGCAAAUAUUGUAGCAGUAAAUCUGCGAACUAUGUGAUUAUAUUUCUGAAUUUCUUGUGCACAAUAUAUAUAAGCCCACAUUAGUGUUUGGAAAAAUGUUUGUUUUCAAAACAUUCAGUGUUGCUUCAAUGAUUCGACCCUGUUUCUAAUAGUCAGGGCACUGAUCGGUUCAGUAGUGCAACUGUAAGAGCUGCUGCCUCACAAAUCCUGAAACCUAAGUUCUGUGCUGCACUUCAUUGUUGUCUGUGUUGAGUUUGCACAUUCUUCCUUGACGGUUUUACAUUUCGUCUAGAUGCUCCAGUUUUCGCCCACAUUCCAAGGACAUGUAGGUUGGGAGGUUACUUGACCACUAAAAAUUGUCUGUGGUAUAGAGGUGAGUGGUAGAAUCCAGGGGAGUAGAUGGGAUUGUCGGGACAAUUAAUUACAGGGAAAUUUAGUAGGUGAGUUGGAUUGCUAUGUGACAGAACAAAUGAUCUCCUUUCUGGAUGGUACAUUGAUAUGAAAGGAUUUAAGGGAUAUGGGCCAAAUUUGGGAAAAUUAUGACUAUGGGCACCUUGGUCAACAUGGAUGAGUUCAGCGGAAGGAACUGUUUCUGGUUUCUGAAUCGAUGACUAUGCUGAAAGAAAUAUGUAUUUGUAUUGAUGAUCUAUCCUUUAAUGCUGGGUAUGAGCAAGUGCUUAUCUCUUACAGUAUUUAAUCGCAAUCUGAAUCAUGAAUUUGCGUUUUCCAUGCCCGCUUGUCGCUCCAUGAGAUUGACCAACUCAGAAUUCCUUGAGUGCCCACAGUUAGUGAACGGUUCCCUACACAAACUAAACUUUUGGUAUAACAAUACUGCAACUGGCUUCUGGACUUUCUGACUGGCAAACUACAGUCGGUUAGGAUUGGUCAUAACAUUUUCUCCACCUGACCCACAAUACUGGUGCCCCUCAAGAUUGUGUGCUUUAUCAUUUGCUCUACUCGUUGUAUACCCAUGGCUAUGUGGCCGAGUAAACCAACAACUUGAUCUUUAUGUUCAUCGAAGAUACCACUGCUGUUGGCCAGGUCAACAGCAACGAUGAGAAACAGUCCAAAUUAAAGGUUGAGAAAAUGGUGGCAUAUAUUCCCAGGACAAUUAUCUGCCCUAAUGUUAACAAGACAGAAGAGUUGGUUGUUGACCUCAGAAGCGGGAGGGUGACCUCAACCUUGUUCUCAUCAACAGACCUCCUGUACAAAUAAUCGAAAGGUUUAAGUUCUUCGGCAUUGAUAUCAUGAACAACCUAACCUGGUCUCUUCACACUAAUGUGAUCUCAGGCUUCUAAAUAGAUCUGCCAUGUCCACAAGGAUUCUCUCAAACUUCUAAAGAUGUGCUACAGAAAAUAUUCUUAUGGAAGGCGUCUCAGCCUGGUAUGGCAACCACUCUGCUCUUGAACAUGUGAACCUGUAGAGAAUGGUGAACACAGUCUAUUCUAUCACAGGCUCAUCACUUCCUUCCAUCCAGUCUAUCUUCACUGUGUACUGCAUCAGUAAGACUUAGGAACAGCUUCUACCCACUGCUAACCUCUUUCAUAAUGCCUUCCCAUACGUGCUGCCACGUUCACUUACUCUUUUUUCAACCUCAUUUUUUUUUCCAUUAUUAAACUUUAAUUUUUUUGCACUACUAUGAUUGCACUACACACCUGCUCCAUUCCACUGUUUUGCACUCUUCCUUGGAUUUAUUGUUGUAUGUAUCAUUUAUGUACGUAUACCAUUUAAGCAGUGAGUUUCUUGUGAACAAGGAAUCUUAUUGCAUCCCUCAUGCACAAAACAAUAAUCAAAAUCUGAAUCUGAAUAUAGUGUGAUAAUACAACAUCAGCUAUAUUUUUGAUUGCCUAACUGAA